AUGACACCAAAAUCUCUUUUCGAGCGACGAGUGCCAGCUGAAGCGGAAAAUAUGGCGCACGAGUUUUUGGAUGAUGAAGAACUUCAAGAGGAACCAGCUCCGUCAAGCUCUCAACCGAUGGAGCUCAACCUGCAAGACCUGGGCUAUUUGGAGAUCCCGCAAGAUCUUUUGAGGAAGAAACCCGGCAUGUUCGAUCCUCUCCGUGUCUCUGUGCUCAAUUUAAGUCGAAAUCGUCUACUCUGCGCUAAUGAGAUUGUGAUUUUUGAGAAUCUCAUCAGCCUUGAUCUGAGCAACAAUCAGUUGAUGGAUGUACCAAAAGAUAUCGGAAAACUAGGAAAGCUGAGAGUUUUCGAGGCGAGAAACAACAUGAUUGAAGAUUUUCCCGAUUCGAUGAGCUUGUUAACGAAUAUAGAAGUUUUCAAUGUGGCUGGGAAUCAUUUAACCGUUUUCCCGACUGUUUGCCUGGAGAUGUUGAAGUUGAGACAGCUCUAUCUUGGCGGAAAUCAUAUUUCCGAGCUACCGUUUGGAAUCGGCACGUUGACUCAAUUAGAAGUCCUCUACCUCGGUGGAAAUCAGCUCAUCGAGAUCCCAGCCACAAUCGGCCACCUAAAAGCACUUUGCAAUCUGAAUCUAAGUGACAACGUCCUCGAAUCUCUUCCAUCCACUGUAGCUGAAUGCCAAGAGCUUGAGCUACUCUCACUUCACAAUAACAAAAUUAGGACUUUACCCACUGGGAUCAUCAAGCUGCGGAACUUGGCUCAAUUAUCCCUUCGUGGAAAUCCCUUGGUAGCCGAGUUUGUCAGCAACAUUCAACUCGAACCACCAAAGCUUAAAGAAUUGGCUGGAAGAAUUGUGCAAAGAAAGCUUGAAAAAUGGCGGCUUUGGGAGAUUUUGCCAAGAGAGUUGGUCCACUACUUGCAUUCAGCUAACCAGUGCGUCAACCCUAAAUGCAAGGGUGUCUACUUCGAGGCUUGCGUUGAGCAUGUGAAAUUUGUCGAUUUCUGUGGAAAGUAUCGAGUACCGCUGCUCGAAUUCUUGUGCUCGCCCCGUUGUUCAAGCACUGCGCCAGCCUAUGUGAGCAGCUCGUCGGAUACCGAGGAUGAGCCCGACAGCAGCCAAAUGAAGAUGAAGAAAGUUUUGCUUGGU